AUGUCGAAGCUGGUCCAAGCCGUAGGUAAUAAAAGCUACAUCUUACAUGAACUUGUCACCCGCACGAAUGAUGGGGAGGUUGGCUUGACUGGUCCAGCGCUCUCUCUGUUGAAGGGCAAACCUCCGCACUGGUACUACGCUGCAUCCGCAUGGGCUGCAAGCCACCAGCGUGGCGCCAAGCGCAAAUUCCUUGGGCUCCUCCUCGGAAUGCUGAAAACGGUAUACGGACACUGGCUGCGAGAAUGUGUUGCGCUGGCCCAGGGCGAGAGGAAAUUGGGACAUUUGCCGCCACAGAGUGUCUCUGCUUGUGGUUGA